AUGUCAGGAACAGCAAGGCAUGAUAAAGAGAUGGUGACCAAAGCAAAAAUAAACCUGCCCAAAACCACUGACAUUUUAGAAAGACUUCGCCUCCAGUGUUUAACAAAGGGAUGUGCAGGCAUCAAAGGACUCAGCAGAGUAUUUAGGAUUAUUAAUGGUAAUAAGAGCAGAACCCUUGAUUUCAAUGAGUUUCUGAGAGGGCUACGUUGUUACGCUGUGGUGAUCAGUCAAGAAGAGGCAAGACAGCUUUUCCAGAUAUUUGAUAAAGAUGGCAGUGGAACAAUUGAUUUUGAUGAAUUUAUUGUUACAUUGAGACCUCCCAUGUCCAAUGCAAGAAAAGAGGUUGUCCUGCAGGCAUUUCAGAAGUUAGACAGGACUGGAGAUGGUGUCAUAACAAUUGAUGACUUACGCAGGGUGUAUAAUGUAAAGUAUCAUCCUAAAUACUUAAAUGGAGACUGGACAGAAGAUGAAGUUUUUAGAAACUUUCUGAAUAAUUUUGAUUCACCCAAUGACAAAGAUGGGAAGGUCACAACAGAAGAAUUCAUGGACUACUAUUCUGGAGUCAGUGCUUCAAUUGACACAGAUGUCUACUUUAUCCUCAUGAUGAAGAAUGCUUGGAAACUCUGA